GAGAGCCAGCAUGCGUUUCAUCACCUCUUAGUCUAAGUGUGUUUGUUAAAGUUAAGAGUUAUGCCUCUGAUAGUUAUGUGUGGUUACCCCUGUAGUGGUAAAACACGAAGGGCAGAAGAACUGAAGGUGUGCUUUGAACGCAACACUGACAGAAAGGUUCACGUCAUAGGAGACGGAGCUCUGGGCGUUGACAAAAACACGGUUUACGCAGAUUCCCAAAAGGAAAAGAAUGUCAGAGCAUCUCUGAAAGCUGAAGUAGAGAGGAAAGUCAACAAGGAGGACAUUGUAAUUUUUGAUUCAUUAAAUUACAUAAAAGGUUACCGCUAUGAACUGUUCUGUCUCAUCAAACAUACACAGACACCACACUGCCUGGUAUACUGUUUGACGUCAGAUGAAGUGAGCUCAACGUGGAAUACCAGCAGAGAUGCUGCUGAGCAGUACACCCAGGACAUCUUUGAUGCAUUAGUGCUGAGAUUUGAAGCUCCAGACUCCAGAAACCGAUGGGACAGUCCCCUGUUCACCAUCCUGAAAGACGACACGCUUCCAUAUGAGGACAUAUCUGAUGCACUUUUCAAAAGAAAAGCACCCCCACCUAACCAGUCUACACAGAGUCAACCACUGUCAUCUUCAAACUUCUUGUACGAGUUGGAUAAGAUCACACAAGAUGUGUUAAUGCAGGACGUGUGUCAUAGGGGAAUUGUUCUUUGCUCACAAGGAGAAAAGAGGAAAAGCGCAUUAGAGAUCUUUCUUUCGAUAUGAUCAGCAGACAAUUAUUAUCUAAGUAAGUGAAGAAUGUAAUGAUUUCUACUACACUUGGUAAGAAGUGUUCGGGUCUAAUGCGUUGUAAUCACCAAUGUGUCCUCCCUCUGUGGACAAGUAACGUCAAUUGUCCUUCAUUAUUGUUAUGCGGUUGUGUGUCCUGUUUUGCAAAUACCUUUGCUGCUGUAAUUAUUUAUCUUCCUAUUUAUGUGAUAGGUUGUGUCUGCUAUUUUCUGUUAGCCAAUAAGAAAUCAACUGGUCUGUGCCCUUGAUUUACUAUUUAUUACUUCACCUUUUAAGUAAUUUUGCACAAAUUUACUGGAAAUGAAAUGAUCAAUUAGAAGAACAUGUCCUUUCUUAUUUCAACUAUCAGUCCAAUUAAAUUCUCUGUGUGCAGAUCUCAAACUCCCUACAAACCAAAGCACCUGGGGAGCGAUAUUUGUAUUAUAUUAUAUUAUAUAUUUAAAAAAAACUACAAUCUGUAUGUCAUGUGUGUGUU